UCGCCAAGAUGGCGGACGAGGCGAGCGAGGGGCUGCCUCGCUCGGUCCUGCCGGGCCCCCUGCGGGGGGGCGGCGGCGGCGGCGGCGGGGGCGGCUCGUCGUCCUCGUGCUCCUCCUCGGCGGCGGCCGCCGCCUCCUCCUCCUCCUCGGCGCCCGGGGGGGCGGCGCCGCCGGGCCCGCGCGUGGUCCGCAUCGUCAAGUCCGAGUCCGGCUACGGGUUCAACGUGCGCGGGCAAGUGAGCGAGGGCGGGCAGCUGCGCAGCAUCAACGGGGAGCUCUACGCGCCGCUGCAGCACGUCAGCGCCGUCCUGGGCGGGGGGGCGGCCGAGCGCGCCGGGGUGCGCAAAGGGGACCGCAUCCUCGAGGUGAAUGGCGUGAACGUCGAAGGGGCGACGCACAAGCAGGUGGUGGACCUGAUCCGAGCGGGGGAGAAGGAGCUGAUCCUGACUGUGCUGUCGGUGCCGCCCCACGAGGCUGACAACCUGGACCCGAGCGACGACUCCCUGGGCCAGUCCUUCUACGACUACACCGAGAAGCAGGCCGUGCCCAUCUCCAUCCCUACUUACAAGCACGUGGAACAGAAUGGUGAGAAGUUUGUGGUUUACAAUGUUUACAUGGCGGGCCGGCAGCUGUGUUCGAAGCGGUAUCGCGAGUUCGCCAUCCUGCACCAGAACCUGAAGCGAGAGUUUGCCAACUUCACUUUCCCGCGCCUGCCGGGCAAAUGGCCCUUCUCGCUAUCGGAACAGCAGCUAGACGCCAGGAGGCGGGGGCUGGAGGAGUACCUGGAAAAGGUGUGUUCCAUCCGAGUCAUUGGGGAGAGCGACGUCAUGCAGGAGUUCUUGUCGGAAUCGGAUGAGAAUUACAACGGAGUUUCAGACGUGGAACUUCGAGUGGCGCUACCAGACAUCACAACGGUGACUGUCCGGGUCAAGAAGAACAGCACCACAGACCAGGUGUACCAGGCUGUGGCUGCCAAAGUUGGGAUGGACAGCACGACCGCAAACUACUUUGCGUUGUUCGAGGUGAUCAAUCACUCCUUUGUGCGGAAGCUGGCGCCCAACGAGUUCCCUCACAAGCUCUACGUGCAGAACUACACCUCGGCCGUGCCGGGGACCUGCCUGACCAUCCGGAAGUGGCUCUUCACCACCGAAGAGGAAGUCCUUCUGAAUGACAACGACCUGGCAGUCACCUAUUUCUUCCAUCAGGCUGUCGAUGAUGUGAAGAAAGGGUACAUCAAAGCGGAGGAGAAGUCCUAUCAGUUGCAGAAGCUGUGCGAGCAGAGGAAGAUGGUCAUGUACCUGAACAUGUUGAGGACCUGCGAGGGUUACAACGAGAUCAUCUUCCCGCACUGCUCCUGCGACUCACGCCGGAAGGGGCACGUAAUCACAGCCAUCAGCAUCAAGCACUUUAAACUCCACGCCUGCACCGAGGAGGGCCAGCUGGAGAACCAGGUAAUAGCCUUUGAAUGGGACGAGAUGCAGCGAUGGGACACAGACGAGGAAGGCAUGGCUUUCUGCUUCGAAUACGCCCGAGGAGAGAAGAAGCCGCGAUGGGUUAAAAUCUUCACCCCUUAUUUCAACUACAUGCACGAGUGUUUCGAGCGGGUUUUCUGCGAGCUCAAGUGGCGGAAGGAGGUGGAAGAGGAAGCCACAGACAAGGAUAACAAGAACUGUAGUAAAGACAAUAUGUGCAGCAAGAACAUCUUUCAGAUGAUGCGGACACACCACAGAGACAUCACAACUUAGCCUUGCGUCGCUGCGGAUGAAAUUAAAAAACACGUAUUAUCCCUU